AUGCAGAAAAAGCGAAAAGCGCCGGCAUCACAACAUGUGGAAAAACAGCCCAAGAAGCCUUGUCGACAGCAGAAUCCUGCUCUACCGGAUCCCGGAAACAUCGAUCAGGAGCGGGUCCAAGCACUCCUGCAGACCUUCCAAGGCUCUUCCAUACACUACUGGAUACAGAAUAAUGUAUGGCCGAAAAUGCUCUUCAAUAAUGUCAUUGGGUCCGUUGUUAUCCAGCCCCGGGCUACGGAAGAAGAGGAGUACGAUAAAGGAAGGCAUAAGGGCAGCUUCUGGCGCCGAUAUACGGAUGAAGAGAUGGCCAUUGAAGAUAAACAGAUUUGCGAGGAGUUGUUAAAACGGGAAUGUGAGACUCCUGUAGACACAGCAUUUGAUGAAGAAAACCUUCGGUACAUCAACAGGCAACAGUAUAGCGGGAAGAAUGGAAAUGGAACCUCUCGAAUGAUCGGUCAGUUGAUGGUUCCGUCUGCGGAGCUUGAGAUCUUGUCGGGUCGACUCGGUUCUAUUAAGGGGUUACGUCAGAUCCAUCUGGCUGAGAGUAUCCGUGAACCCUGGUAUGGAUCGACUACUCUUGACGAGGAUCCGAGUCUAGUACGAAAUGCAUGCGGAGACUCAGCCCCGUGGCUCAGACUCCCGACACCGCAGCCUUCUUAUGCAGUGGGAUUCUCAAAUUAUGCGUUCAGCAGAGAACAGCUUCGCAAGCUCAAGCCCUUUGUGGGGACAGACGAUCUUGAGUAUACUAUCCGGCCACGAUCAAUGCAUAGCAUGACUCGAGCCCUCCGAGGUGUUGUUGAACUUUUUAGAGUAGCUGGUCGUCAGGAUGAGUUACAUCAAAGGGUCCUCGGUUUUUCUGUCUACUAUGACUUUCAGAAGGUCGAGAUGUUUGCGCACUAUGUUAUUAUAGAAGACAACAAGGCAACAUACUACUGCGAUCGCAUUGGUAGCUUCUCUUUCGGCUUUUGCCAGGAUGAGUACAAGGACAGAUGGAGAUCUUACAAGUUUGUGAUAGCUCUCUAUCAUGACUGGGUCCCAAUUCAUCAUCAACGACUCUGCUCGGCAAUUGACAGUCUACCAGAUGUUGAUCCGAAAACUUAG